GUGUUCUCCCUGUCGCUGUCGUCGUCGCCUCCUCCUUGAACAACAUGGCUGCCCUUUCCUCUGACGGUAUCGGUAUCGCUAACUUGCCUAACCAGAGGCACAAGAUCGUAGCCAAACAUGGUGCACACUUCACGAUCAUGGUUGUCGGCGAGUCUGGUCUCGGAAAGACCACACUCAUAAACACGCUGUUUUCCACCGAGCUGUCGCCAGCGAAGAACUACAGUCGCCGUCAUUAUAAGCAGCUCGACAAACUCACGGAGGUCGAGAUCAUCAAGGCCGAACUUGAAGAGAAGCAGUUCAAGGUCAAGCUGACUGUGAUAGACACGCCAGGGUUUGGCGACUACGUCAAUAACCGUGACUCUUGGUCUCCUAUAGUCGACUUCAUUGACGACCAGCAUGAGGCCUACAUGAUCCAGGAACAGCAGCCUCAGAGAAGUGAGAAAAGCGAUCUACGGGUUCAUGCAUGCUUGUACUUCAUCAGGCCUACCGGGCACACCUUGAAGCCUCUUGACAUUGAGAUCAUGAAGCGUCUUGGAACCCGCGUCAAUCUCAUUCCAGUCAUUGCGAAAGCCGAUACGCUCACUCAAAAUGACUUGAUCACAUUCAAGCAGAGAAUCCGUGACGUGAUCGCUGCGCAGAAUAUCCGCAUCUAUCAGCCUCCCAUUGAGGCAGAUGAUGAGGCUGGUGCUGAGCACGCUCGUAUGCUGCUGGAGGCUAUCCCAUUCUCCAUCAUUGGUUCGACCGAGGAUGUCCAGACACCAGAUGGCCGCGUCGUCAAGGGUCGCGAGUACCUGUGGGGGGUUGCUGAGGUGGAGAACGAGAACCAUUGUGAUUUCCGCAAGCUCCGCUCUUUGCUCAUCCGUACAUACAUGCUAGACCUCAUCUCGACGACGGAAGAACUGCACUACGAGAACUACCGGCAGCAGCAGAUGGAGACUCGCAAGUUCGGCGAGCGAAAGGUCAAGAAGUUCAAUAACCCCAAAUUCCAGGAGGAAGAGGAGCAGCUCAGGAAGCGCUUCACUGAGCAGGUCAAAGCUGAGGAAGCCCGUUUCAGGCAAUGGGAGCAACACCUCAUCACUGAACGCGACCGACUUAAUAAAGACUUGGAGAUGGCCCACAGCACCAUCAAGCAGCUGGAGGCUGAAUUGGAUAACAUGCAAGUCAACUAUGGCAGGGGUAGCGGCCGUAGAUGAUUUAAUAUACCUUGGGCCUCGCUUCCCGAAAAGACACUCCUUGACGUCUUCACAUAUACCCAAAUGUCGUCCCUCCUUUGCCGUCUUGUUCUACUUCUUGCGGGUCUCAUUUUUCGAACCCUUUUAUUUAGUAGGUUCUGGACUACUUAAGUAAUUCGAAUAGCAGUCGAUUGCGUAGUCUUGUAAUUGAUGCUGUUGUUGGGAUUUCACUAUUUUCUCAG